AUGGCUGAUCUUCUACCAUCCUCAAAUCGGUCAGUUGUGUGGGCAGGUGUCAGAAAACUUGAAAUACGACAGCCACAUAUCCGAGUACCGAAUGACGACGAGGUCUUGGUUGAAGUCAUCACCACCGGUAUUUGUGGGUCCGAUUGCCACAACUGGGACAGUGCCAAUGUCUCCCGUGAAUUGAUCCUGGGCCACGAGUCGGCAGGUCUCAUAAAGACUAUCGGAAAGAAUGUUACAGACAGAUUCGUCGGCCAGCGCGUGGCAAUCGAGCCCGGAUUUUCAUGCAAGGAGUGCGAAUUUUGCGGACGAGGAAAACAAAACAUCUGCUCCAGAUUGAAGUACUGCGGGAUGGAUCCCACUGACGGGACUCUAAGUCAGUACUUCACCUGCCGGGCUUCUAACACGGUUCCCAUUCCUGAGGAUGUUUCUUGGGAGGAGGCGGGUUCGAUCCAGCCGCUAGCGAUUGCGGUUCAGGUUGCGAGAAGGGCAUCACUGAAUCCGAGUCAAAGCCUAGCUAUUUUUGGGUGCGGACCGCUUGGCCUCCUGAUUUUAGCGGUUGCGAAAGCUUAUGGGGUCAAGAAGAUCGUGAUGUUCGACAUUGAAGAGUCUCGGACGAAGUUUGCAGAGUCCUAUGGAGCUGAUGUCGGAAUUGUCACGCCAAGACAUAGCGACCCUUCUCAAGACGUCUUGUCCUUCUCUCAACAUUACGCCAGGGAGGUCAUCACCAAGUACGGCUUGGGAUACGGCUUUGAUGUUGCUAUCGAGGCUAGCGGCGCUGAGAUAUGCGCUACGAUGGCAAUUUGCAUGCUGAAAGCAGGCGGAACAUGUAUACAGGCGGGUCUGGGAAGGCCGAUGGCAUCGUUGCCCCUUUUCUUGAUUACAGCCAAUGAACUUGACGUAAAGGGAACUGUUCGGUACACUCAUGGAUGUUUCGAGGAUGCCAUUAGUCUGUUAUCUACGAAAAAGGUUGAUCUCAAACCGUUGAUCACGUCCACCUACCCCCUGACCCAGGCAAAUGAGGCAUUUGAGGCGCAGCACGCCAGAAGAGACAUUAAGAUAGUUAUUUACAACCAGAUGUAA